AUGUAUAACGAACUUAUCAUCUCGAGCUGUGUUCCUGCCCAUAAAUUACGAAAGGCUGCCAAUACUGGUAAGCUAUCCCUUACAGCAGCAGAGCUACAAGGGUCAGGAGCUAAGAUCCAUAUACAUCCUGAAUCGCAUGAGAAAGCUCUCAAAGCUAAGAAGGCCGGACGUGGAGUUCGACUCCACAUAACUAAGCAUGAAAUCAAAAAGGGCUACAAGCGAGCUCAGGGUGGAUCUAUUUGGUCAAAACUUUGGCAUGGAAUUAAAUCUGGAUUUAAGUUCGCUAAGGAUAGUGGGUUGCUAUCGAAGGCAGCUGACGUAGCUGUUCCAGCUGUUGCUACUGCAUUUGGUGCUCCUGAAGCUGGGAUUGCAGCCAGAGCUGGUCUUAAAUCGCUUACUGGAGUAGGAUUGGACGGUUAUGAGAGCGAUGAAGAAGGAGGACAUAUCAGUUUCUCAGAUGUAAAACGACAUGCAGGCAAUGCUCUUCGCUAUGCUAAGAAAAGAGGAAUCAUCACUGAUCUAAUCGACGAAGGUGAGAAAUAUCUUGUCAGCAAGUCUGAUCGACCAGAGCAUCACGAAAUGAUUCAUAGUGUCCGUAGAGGUAUCAAAACCCGUUUCGGUGUAGGUGUACCUGGCAAGCGUCGUAAGGCCAAAUUCGCAAAGGGCUCUCCUGAAGCAAAGGCUCAUAUGGCUAAGCUUCGUGCUAUGCGUAAGAACAAGGACGGGGGAUCUUUCACAAUGUAA